UGCGGACGCUCCCCCUUCUCUCGGCUCCAGCCGGCGCAGGCAGCCGCGGCGGCAGCAGGCGAGCCGCGGCCCCGCGAGGCCAUGAAGGUGAAGAAGGGCGGCGGCGGGGCCGGGACGGGAGCGGAGCACGCUCCAGGGGCCUCGGGCCCGAACGUGGAGCCCAAGCCGGAGCUGCAGGCGGAAUCCGAAUCCGGGUCCGAGUCGGAGCCGGAGGCAGGCCCGGGGCCCAGGCCGGGGCCGCUGCAGAGGAAGCAGCCGAUCGGGCCGGAGGACGUGUUGGGGCUGCAGCGGAUCACGGGCGACUACCUGUGCUCCCCCGAGGAGAAUAUCUACAAGAUUGACUUCGUCAGGUUCAAGAUUCGGGACAUGGACUCAGGCACUGUCCUCUUUGAAAUCAAGAAGCCCCCAGCUUCAGAGCGGCUGCCCAUCAAUCCGCGGGACCUGGACCCCAAUGCUGGGCGCUUUGUCCGCUACCAGUUCACGCCUGCCUUCCUCCGCCUGAGGCAGGUGGGAGCCACGGUGGAGUUCACAGUGGGAGACAAGCCUGUCAACAACUUCCGCAUGAUUGAGAGGCACUACUUCCGCAACCAGCUGCUCAAAAGCUUCGACUUCCACUUUGGCUUUUGCAUCCCCAGCAGCAAGAACACCUGCGAGCACAUCUACGACUUCCCUGCCCUCUCCGAGGAGCUGAUCAAUGAGAUGAUCCGUCACCCGUAUGAGACACAGUCCGACAGCUUCUACUUCGUGGAUGACCGGCUGGUGAUGCACAACAAAGCUGACUAUUCCUACAGUGGGACGCCCUGACUCCCCAAGCCACCCCCUACCUCAGGAGGCUCCUGGGCCCACCCCACAGCCGAGACCACCCCAACACUCACCUCUCAACCCCGGGUCUUCUGUCCGAGGAGUAUUGCCGAAGCCCUGAGCCCUGAGUCAGUGUUGGGAGGGAGGGUGCCUGAGGUCCCCCAGUCCAAGCCUGUGCAGCCCAUGGGGCCUGGCAUGUGGGGUGGGGUGGUAGUGGGGCUGUUCACCUGCACAUUCCAGGAAGACCCUCUGUUGGAGGAGUAGCCAGGACUUGCAGACAACCUAGUUGGCCCUAGCCUCUUGGGCCCAAGUUGCAGAAUAGAGAUCCCCUAUCCAGGCUUUUCCCCUGCCCACUACCGACAGGCCAUUUAGUAAAUUCACAGAUGAAGUUCCAUGCGGGGUCUGGUAGUCAAGCUUCCCAAGGGAGUCUGGGUCCUGACCCCAGCCCCGGUCUCUACCAUCAGGGACUGAGAUCCUGCCUGAGGUGUGGGAAGGACCUGCCCAGACUACAGCCUGUGGUAGGGGCUGGACCAACUGUAUAUAGUUUUCAAUAAACUCUCCAUUUCUGUUCU